CGUUUCCUGUCCGGGGCGGAGGAGGUUUGGCCCUGCGGCGCCGCCGUCUCUCAGAGGCUGCGUUGAGCAUCAUGGCGGCGUCUCUCUCAAUGUCAGCGGCGCUGAGGGGCCUCGUCGCCAGGAGCGGUGCGGCCGCGGUCCGCCCGCCGCCGCCCAGGUCACUGAGCACUUCCACAUGGCGGCUGGCGCAGCACCAAACUCGAGACACGCAACUCAUCACAGUUGAUGAAAAAUUGGAUAUCACUACUUUAACUGGUGUUCCAGAUGAGCACAUCAAAACCAGAAAAGUUCACAUCUUUGUUCCAGCACGUAAUGCAAUGCAGUCAGGAGCUAACAAUACAAAGAAGUGGAAGAUGGAAUUUGAUAACAGGGAGCGCUGGGAGAACCCUUUAAUGGGCUGGGCAUCUACAGCUGAUCCUUUAUCCAACAUGGUUCUUACUUUCUCUACUAAAGAAGAUGCCAUUGCUUUUGCUGAAAAAAAUGGCUGGAGUUACGAUGUUGAAGAAAAGAAGAUGCCAAAACCUAAAUCCAAGUCUUAUGGGGCAAAUUUUUCUUGGAACAAAAGAACAAGAGUGUCUACUAAAUAGGUUGGCAUUGGCUGUAUGACUGUGAAUAAAGUCAGCUGUGCUGUAUUUAUAGUCCAUGUAUAAUACGUCUCUUAAUCUCCUAAUAAAUUUGACCUUUAAAAUACA